CAAUAAUAUUAGUUAUAUAUCUGCUGUUAUUAUGUUUGGGAAUAAAGAAGGACCACAAAUUGAAGAAAAGUAUUAGUAUUGUUUGAAAUCGCAAUAUUUGAAAAUCUAUUGUUGAUAACAUCUAUAAUUCGCGCGGAAACUUCAUACCGAACAUAACCUGAAAAGAUAUUGAUAUACAUAUGUGAUUCAAGUAUACGCAAUGUGCAAGCAUGUAUACGCAAUAGAUCUGAUAUACUUACAAGAUGGGGUUAAUUAAGUAAUUAGGGAGAAAUGCGAAUAUUAAUUGCUAUAUCAAUUGAAUGGAUAGAAACAGCAAGCUAUCGAGUAAAUAGAUGAAAAUGUAUUUUACUGCAUUUUGAAGAAAUUUACAGUAUGGAGGACUUAAAAUGUAAAUUUUUCGGUCUUAUUAACAAGCAGAAUACAACCAAAAUUCCAUUAAUGGGUUUACAUCCAGAUCUACUUAAUCCGUCAGAAUCACAGAAAUCAGAUGAUAUACAAUCAGAAGCUGACCAAUCAACAGAAAGUGAACCUAUCCCUGAUCAAGACAUAUUAGAAUCUAUAGAAGAGAUUUAUUUUAAUACAGACCAUAAUUUUGAUCCUUGUAGACACGAAUUGGAGAAGUUACCAAAGGUGUUGCAAUCUAAAGAAAUUGAAAAAUGUUACAAGAAACUGAAACAGCAACAUCAAGUAGUUUCUAAGAAAGUUCUACAACUUAUAUUACAAAAGCAGAAUGCUUGUAACAAAGAGUUUGAAAAAAUUUUACUGAUACAAGAACAAUUACAGGAUGUGUUAGAAAUUUGCAGAAUGGGAAGAGCAGAUUUAAAAUUAGCUGAAAGGCAAUUUACUACAGCUAGUUUAGGAAUAUUAGCAAAUUAUCAAAAAAGGCAGAUCGUAGAAGAAUUAUUGAAUAAUUUAAAUACUAUCAAGACAUUGCAACGUACAGGAGAUAGACUACAGGAGUUAUUAAAUGAAAAAAAUUAUCCCAGAGCAAUCUCGUUACUUUUAGAAUGUCAAAGUGCUGCACAGACAUAUAAACAUUUCCAUUGUAUUGCUGCUUUAAAUGGAAAAUUACAGGAUAUUUUAGAACAAGCAGAGGAAGCCUUGGAUGUUACACUAUCAAAGAUGUGCACGCAAUUCGAUGUAACAAUAUAUACGUCUAUUCAAGAAGCUUAUACUUUAUUAGGAAAAACUCAAUCUGCAAUGGAUCAAUUGCAUAUGCAUUUUACUGCUGCAAUUCACAAUACUGCUUUUGCAGCUGUUCAUUCGUAUGCGGGCGGAGAUACAAAGAAACAAUAUAAACAACUUUGUCAAUCAGUACCCCGGGAAAGUUGCAUUAUUUGUCUAACAGAAUUGUGUAAAUCAUUAUGGACAAUAUUAAGCUCUUAUUAUUUGGUAGUAAAUUGGCAUAACACACAAGAAAAUAAAAUUAAACUUAAAGCUGAUGUAAAAGAUUUAGAAGAGACUUUUAGCAAACAAUAUGUGAAGCAUAAAUUAGAAAACAGUAUGAUUCGUAUAUGGCAUGACGUUGAAAUGAAAAUUUCGAUAUUUUUAAUGAACGCUGAUUUAACUUACAUUAAAUUUGAGCAAUUUGUUCAAGUUUUAGGUAUAGUUAACAGAUUAAUGGAAAUUGGGGAGGAGUUAUGUGGUUUUAAGUCAGAAAAUCUGCAAGAAUCUAUAAGGAAGCAAUCAUUGUCAUAUUUUUCUCAUUAUCACGCAUCGAGACUAGAUGAACUCAGGAUAUUUUUAGAAAACGAUGGGUGGGAAUUGUGCCCUGUGAAAUCGAAUUUUGUGGCAACUCAGUUACAGGAAUUUAAGAGUUUAAAACCAUCGCUAAACAGUUGUAAAGUAUGGAACAAUUUUGAUAACUCUAACGUUGGUGAAAAUGAUAGUCCUAUAAGUAUAGAGUGGAUCCAGAAAUAUUUAGAAGGGGGGUCAUCGCCAUUCUCUAUAGGUCUAGAUGAUACCAUGGACGAAGAUAUUUUGAUAAGUAAUGAAGAUAAUCCUCCAGAAUAUUUUUCGGAUGAAUCGGACGAUGAUAUCCCUGAUGAAUUAAAGCACGAAUACGUUGAUGAUUCAGAUCAUGUUAAAACAAAUAAAAAAAAGUGUAAACUAAAACAAUCAGGGCCCAUGGUUACAAACACAACACUAAGUAUAUUGCGCGUUUGUGGAAAGUAUUUGCAAAUGUCUAGAUUAUUACGAUCAAUCGCAGUUACGGUUAUACAAAGUAUGAUACAGUUUUACGAGUUAUGUUUUUAUACUGUACAUUUAUUCUUUACUUCAGAUUUGCAAAUAAAUAGUGAUUCUUUAUAUAGUCCAAAACUGAAACUAUCUCUAGCAAGAAUUAAGGAGAAUUUAAUCAUUUGUGAAAAUGAUACGGAAGAUAACAUUAAAUUAAAUUCCGAUAAAGUACGACAGCCGCAGCUCUCCUCCAUUGUAAAUUUAUCGCAACCGGAAAAGCUUCACGGUCUGACUGAACGUGUCGUAGGAGUGGAAUCUCUAAUAUUUUUAGGUCGGCAAUACGAAAGUUUGAAACCAUACUUGGAACAUCUUAUCGGUGCUAGCCCACAACGUGGUUUCCUUCACCAAUUUUAUAUGCAAACAAUAGCAUCGAGCACGGAUUUAAGGAAACCGGUAUAUAUGGCGGUUGCAUCUCGAGCAUUUGAUGUUUCAAAUAUUUUAAAUUUAAUGAAUAAAGUUAAUUGGGAAGUGACAGACGUUAUGUCUCAACAUAGUGGAUAUAUCGAUGCAUUACUUCAGGAAAUAUAUAUAUUAAGUGAAAGAUUGAAAAACAUUGGAAGUUGUCUUCCUUUAGCAGACGAUGUAUAUAACGCUGUCUGGGAAAAUGUGGCACAUCUAAUAACUCAUACAUUAGUAGAGGGAUUUUCUAAUGCUAAAAAAUGUUCGAAUGGUGGCAGAGCACUAAUGCAACUCGAUUUUACUCAAUUGAAAUCGAAGUUUGAGUCCUUGACUUCUUUAAGGCCAAUGCCUCACAGAGAAUAUGUUGAAUUAUAUAUUAAAGCUUACUAUCUUCCUGAGAAUAGUUUGGAAGAAUGGAUAAGGGAACACAAGGAAUAUUCUGUGAAACAUUUAAUUGGCAUAGUUUCUUCAGCUUGUCAAAAUAAUAAAAAAACUCGUCAGCGUUUAAUUGCAUUCAUAGAAGAACAACGGCCUAGUAGAUAGCAUAGGUUUAUAUAUUAUAAUACAUCUCAAGAUUAUAUCGAAAUAGGAAUUGCAUAAAGGACGAAUUUUUAGGAAUAAUUUGAAAAGAGGAAAAUGAAAAGAAUGUAUUUUCUUCGUGUACAUAUUCAGGAACUUUUACUAUAUCACUAAAGUAAGCAAGCUCAUUUAGGAACUCUUUAAUUUUCUUGACACUUUUGUUUACUCAGUACACGGAUUAAAUCCAUCGAUAUA